AUGGAAGACUCAUCUCACUCUGAAUCCGAGCAGACUCAAGCCAUAAAACGAAAAAGAAUAGAAUCAUCCGAUUUCGAAAUAUCGCACGAAGAAGAGAGUUCUGCAGACGAACAUGUCAUUCCAGAGGAAAAUCUGCCGAGUACCAGUGAAUUACAAGAGGAAGUUGAAGAAUUGACUCCUAAAAGGAAUAAAAAGCUGAAUGUCAACACUUUUGGACCCUAUCACUUUAAAAAAGAUAAUACCUCUGCCUAUAUGCCAUUUGUCCCAAAUCGCUGGUCCCCACAAACCACAUAUCGAUUAUCUACCGAUAUUGUUUUAAAUACAAUUAAAGAAUGUGGAACUGAAGGCUUGGGAAGAGCAGAAAUCGCUCAGGUGCUCGGUUACGAUGGAACUUCAAAGUCUGGAGGCAGAAAAGUCACUAGUUACAUUGUAAACUGCACAAAUGAACAUCCAGAUCACAUUGGACAGUUUCAGAAGAUGAAUGGAAAAGUUAGAACGAUUAGAUACUUCUGGAAAGAAAGCGAGAAUCCGGAGCGAUUCGAGAAGCUGUUCCGUGAGUUCGAAGAGCUCACCGACAUGCCAUGUCCCUUUAAAAUUGGAGAAGUUCUCAAGUUUCCUGAGAAAAAUCUUAGUGAGUCUUCAAAAUUCCAAUUUUUUAAAAAUUUCUUAUUUCCAGACACCCUCCGCAUCAGUGACAUCACUCUGAAACGCUUCAAUCGUCUUCUAAAGAUGGUCAAAGAUUCCCGAGUGGUGGUGACAAUGAAUCGAGUGAUAAAGUUUAUCAGUGAACUAGAGACCCAAGAUGGAUACAAAUUCCAAAUCGACAAAAAAUCCGUGCUCAAAUGUCUUCUGGCUCUCCAGAAUAAGGGAUUAAUCCAAGUUUUCGACACUAUGGUCCGUUCGGAUAGUGUCAAUUAUCAAGUACAAAUCAUCACGCAUCGAGACAUCCAAGAAUCCUCAGAUCCAGAAGUUACGAAAGGAAUUCAGGAGAUUCUAGAUUGUUAUCAAAGAGAAGGAAGGGUGUUCCCUCAUGGACAGCUUAGAAGUCUCAAGAAACGUCCAGAAGAGAGCCAUGAGACAGAAUUCGAUGGGAAAGUUGAGGAAAUUAACGAAGAAAUCACUGAUAACAGCACUAUCAAUGAUAGAUACCAUUGGUUCCGUCUCCAAACAGUUCGAAAUAGCUGGAAAGGAAGGAAAGAAGAAGCCGAGCAACUAGAUACAGAGGAAUUUGAAGCAGAUGAGACUCUAAACGACACUAUGGAAGAUACAGUAGUAGAAGACGUUGCAGAGGAUCAAUUAGAUCCAUUAAAAGCCAUGCAGAAACUGUUCGCCAAGAAUCCAGAAGUGCCUGUGCAGAACAAGAAGUCUAGUCAGUACUACUUUGGGAAGGAUACGCUAGGAUAUCAGGGAAAAACGAUUCGGCUGUUGAUUCUUCAUGAAAUGGCUUGGCAGUUUGUACACGGACAUCCAGAAGGCGUCACGCCCACUUGCUUUGAUUUAUUCCCACCAACACAAGCAUUCGAUAAAUGGAAGCCAGGCUCCGAGUACACUGCUCAUAUCUACUAUCAAGAGGAGUCACCGUACCGCUUCAUGCCCCCACAACCGAAAUACGAGGGGGUGGAUCGUGGAUGGUUCAUGAUUCAGGACUUUUUGGCGGCAAUGCCACUGUCGGUGUUCGUUCUGACUAGUUACGUGCCAACUACCAUUGAUCGAGCCUUCCUGAUGACGUACCUAACUGACCCUGUCAAACGUCACAUGUGUAUUGGAUACCUUCCGAAAGAGAUUCGAGAGAUUAUAAUGAAGGAGAAGAAGGUGUAUAAGCAACUACAACACGCCUUCUUCGUUCUUGGAGCCAUGCAAUUGAUGGCCGUUGGAAAGAAUCCGUCGGUGAGACGAUUCCCCGGAGCUGCGUCGGAUAUGUUUUAUGUGGCAAAGAAAGCCCAUCUCUACGACACCUCGACGACUCUCCGAUCCUACGCGACGAUCUCUCCACCACUGGAUACAGGUGUCUAUCCUAAGUACGACUAUAACUUCGAAUCUCGAUCCGAUGUGAUUCUCUACUGGCACCAUCUUCGAGCCAUCGUCCAGUCUUCGGCUCUCGGCUAUCGCAAUGAUGGAAAUGGAAUUGAGCACAAAUUGGAUAGUCGACACAAAUGCUAUUCAAUCGGAGUGUUUGAUCGAACUCUGGUGGAAACUGAGAAGCUUCCAGGAAUCGAGGAACUCCCCUGCCAUCCGAACAUCCAAAACGACGGUGUCGCUGGAUUCGACAGUGCUUUGUUCAUCCAUUUGAAGCGACACUGGGAUCUAUGUACUGUACCGCAUGCUACAGUAUCCUGGUUUAUUACAAAGUUCAAAAAGUGUUCGGAAGAGAUGAAGAAGAUUAUUGAGACAAGAGUUAUAUCAGUUCACAAGGAUUGGAAUAAUUUUACACGACUUUCACUAUCGGAUUCGGAUUUUUUGAGGACUUCGAAUCCAUUAAAAGUGGAAUGCCCUCCAAAAAUGAUCAAGAAAUUCGGAGGGGCGUCUUCUAAGCCUAAAACUCCGCGGACCCGUUCCCAGAAGCCCAAAAAGCGAAAGCUAGACUCCGUAGAUCUAGUAAGCUCCUCAGCUCGAAUCAGUGUCCGUUGUCGUUUCACACCGAAGGAAAGGGAUCAGCUGAUCAUGAUUCGUGCAGUUGGAUUCUUCCUGAACCCUGUCUAUCGAUUCUGGCUUGAUCCCACUGUCCUCCGAGAUCUAAUGCAUGAAUUCGUACCGGAGAGCCGGAACAAAACGGUCCAGAGUUUGAUGGCUUGUGGCGUUCGAGAGCUCGUGAGAGCCAAUCGGCUGGCGUACCUUCAACGCGUCGUUCGAAACCUCUCGACGUUCCCCGAAAUGAGACGGCUGAGAACGGAGCUUUGCUCGGCGCCGAUUUCUCCGUCUCAAUCGAAAACUGAAUUCUUCAAAUCGGCAUUCAGAACGGCGAUGCGUUUGCUCUUUGUCGACAACAACCGUAUCCCAUCCACCUCCAUAUCCGACGAAUCGUUCCAAUCAUUCCUCAAAGAAGGAAAUGUGUCAGUCACCAAAGAGAUUACUGUAUCCAACGCCUGCCCACGUCGAUCCCAGAAGCCAAUAGGAUACGGACACAUUCAGCAUUGUGUGACAGCCAACGUCCUAAUCAGUAUACUCAUCCAUACUAAGAAUGGAGCAGUUCCUGAGCAAAUGCUAGAACAAGUGCCACCAGCAGUACUACAAGGAGUUCUUCAAGCCCUUAGAUGCGAUGGUCUGGUAUCCAGAAGUCGUACCCUAGAAGCCAUCGCCGAGUUGGCGAAUAAGAAAGAUGCCACGUUGUCCUACUACUUCCGGCACUUCUUCGCCCAUCGCUUCCAUUCAGAGCUUAUCGAUAACAGUGGACGUCUUCUAGAAGAAAUUCAGGAUCCUACAUCUCCAGAUGUUUUCGAACUAGCCGGAGAUGGACCUGAAAUCGUUGUAGCUGCCUCCAACGCAUUCCCCGGGGAGAGAUAUCAAUUGGAGAUGAACGUGGACGAUGAUAUUCUGGCGGCGUUCACGAAGAUCGAGAAUGAUCAGACUGUGAAGAAGAUUCGGUAUCUGGAAUCAGCAGACUUGCAUUUUGAGAAGGUUCGAGUGAAUAUGGACAGGACUGGAAGUGCUUCAGAUGAGGAGAAGAUUGUUCCGAUUGAGAGGAAAAUACAAAAAGUGAUUAGAUAUCUGGACAAUUCUCGAGAAGUAAAGGAUCCCGUCUCCCUUGACGACUUCAUUCAAGCCAAGAAUUUCGAUUUGGACAGAAGACGUGAGAUUCGAGCGGUUGUCCACGUCAUCAAGGCAUCUCGUCAGGCAGGAAUCACACUUCAAGAACUAUCUGUUAGAGUGAAAAGACCGAUUGAAACUAUUCAAGAAAUCCUUGCGGAUCUAAACGAAGGACGACAAAUUCGUCUGGUUGGAGUUGACGAUCACAGAUGGGUCAGCAUUGAGUACGAGGCGUGUUGGACGGUGCAGUUGGGAAAUAGGAAAUGGUGUCCGAGACCGUGGGUGUCGCCGGAAGGAUCUGUCUCCCUUCCCGUCGUUCGUUGGAUCGCUGAAAGUGUACUUCUACUGAUCGUUGGAAAAUUCGGAAUCCAAAUGAAGGAUGUCCUGUCCACGUACGAGUUUGCAGUUCAACCAAUCGCGAUUCGAGAGAUUAUCGGUCUUCUGGAACACCUUAAAUGUGUUCAAAUCAUCAAAAAAGCGUUCACCUCCACAAAAAUGUCAUCUCCAUUCUCAGAAUCUCCUGAAACUAAAGAAAUCGUCACCUAUAUAAAUCCCACUGUCGAUGGCCUCGAAAAAUUCUCAAAAAUCUUCCAUCACAUCGAUCUUAUGCCAAUGAUGACAGCCAAGAAUAAUUAA